CUGAACGCGGCGGCGGCAGCAGCGCCCAGGCCGCGCCCGGUGCCCCCUGCCCCGCGUCACUCGGUGUCCCCGGCAGCGGCAUGGAGGGGACGCUGCCCCUCUAGGCUCCGCGGCGGCGGCAGUAGGACCCGGACCUAGCCGAGCCCCCCGCCCCCGGCCAUGCCGAGCGGCAGUGCCGCCGCCGCCGCCUGCCCCCAGGAGGAGCCCCCCGAGGCCCAGCGUCUGCCCCCGCCGCCGCUGCUGCUGCUCCAGCAGCCGGACACCCUGCUCCUGCGGGAGUGCCUGGCCGGGCUGGGCCUCCACGAUCACGGCCUAGCGGGCAGCGGGGAGGCGGCCGCCCGGCAGCAGGCCCGGGAGCGGCUGGCGGGGCUGCCCCCGCUGCCUGAUCCGGCGCGGGAGCCGGGGCCCGACGGGGCGGAGGAGGUCGAGGACGAAGGGGACCUGGAGGAGGAGCUGCUGGCGGCGGAGGAGGAGGAGGACCCGGCCUCGCUGCUGCUCUCCUCGUCCUCCUCUUCCUCGCCCUCGCAGCUGCCGCCGGGGGGGCCGCCGCCGCCGCCUCACCCGCUGCUGCCCGGGCUCGGCUCCGUGCUGCUCUCCCCCGCCGCCGCCUUCGAUGCCCAGGAGACGGCGGUGGCCGGGGUGCUGUACGGGGCGGACGAUCCCCAGGGCAUGAUGGCGGCGAUGCUGUCCCACGCCUACGGUGGCGGCCUAGGCGGGGGGCCGGCGGCGGCGGCAGCCCCGGCUCUGAACGGCGAGCAGGCGGCGCUGCUGCGGAGGAAGAGCGUCAACACCACCGAGUGCGUCCCGGUGCCCAGCUCCGAGCAUGUGGCCGAGAUCGUCGGCCGUCAGGGUUGCAAAAUAAAAGCAUUAAGGGCCAAGACGAAUACCUACAUUAAGACCCCUGUUCGUGGAGAAGAACCCAUUUUUGUCGUCACUGGACGAAAAGAGGAUGUAGCCAUGGCUAAAAGGGAAAUUCUCUCAGCAGCUGAACACUUCUCCAUGAUCAGAGCAUCACGCAACAAAAAUGGUCCUGCUCUGGGCGGGUUGCCAUGUACUCCCAACCUGCCAGGUCAGACUACAGUCCAAGUCAGGGUGCCUUACCGUGUAGUUGGGCUAGUGGUUGGACCCAAAGGAGCUACAAUCAAAAGAAUUCAGCAGCAGACACACACAUACAUUGUUACUCCCAGCAGAGACAAGGAGCCAGUCUUUGAGGUUACAGGGAUGCCUGAAAAUGUAGACCGUGCACGUGAAGAAAUAGAAAUGCAUAUUGCCAUGCGCACUGGAAACUACAUUGAACUGAAUGAAGAAAAUGAUUUCCAUUACAAUGGUACAGAUGUGAGCUUUGAAGGCGGCACUCUUGGAUCUGCUUGGCUUACUUCCAAUCCUGUCCCUCCUAGCCGCACCAGAAUGAUUUCUAAUUAUAGAAAUGACAGCUCCAGCUCCUUAGGAAGUGGCUCCACUGAUUCCUAUUUUGGAAGCAAUAGAUUGGCUGACUUCAGCCCAACAAGUCCAUUCAGCACAGGAAACUUUUGGUUUGGAGAAACGUUGCCUUCAGUGGGCACAGAAGAUCUUGCAGUUGACUCUCCUGCAUAUGACUCCUUACCAACGCCUUCCCAAACUAUCUGGACCCCUUUUGAACCAGUAAACCCGCUAUCUGGCUUUGGUAGCGACCCUACUGGUAACAUGAAGACUCAGCGUCGAGGGAGUCAGCCAUCCACUCCUCGUCUGUCACCUACAUUUCCUGAAACUUUGGAACAUCCGCUUGCUAGGAGAGUGAGAAGUGACCCACCCAGUACAUGCAACCAGGUUGGCCUUCCAAUAUACAUCCCUGCUUUUUCUAAUGGUACCAACAGCUACUCCUCUUCCAAUGGCGGUUCUACAUCCAGUUCGCCACCCGAGUCUAGACGAAAGCAUGACUGUGUGAUAUGCUUUGAGAAUGAAGUUAUUGCUGCCCUAGUUCCUUGUGGCCACAAUCUCUUCUGUAUGGAAUGUGCCAACAAGAUCUGUGAAAAAGAAACUCCAUCAUGUCCAGUUUGCCAGACCGCUGUUACUCAGGCAAUCCAAAUUCACUCUUAAAUAUAUAUAGAUAUUAUAUAUGGACUUUUUAAACUCUUAAAGGCAUGGGUGUAAUGGUACCCCCCCCAGUAAACUUCCUAAUUAAUUCUGACUGUUAUUGGGCUUUCUUGGGAUUAGGCUAAAGUUGUUAGUAAACUUAUACUUUCUAAAAGGCUGCUACGGUAACACUAAACCUAGAUGGUCUCUGUCCGGUUUGGUUUAAACAGAUGGCAUGUUUAUCAGAGAUACAUCUGGUAUAAGGCUAAGGCACAGUAGGGGGGAAACUUUAGAUCAAUUUCAUAACCAAGAAAACAAAUGAAUUUUACAGGUUUUCUUAGUGAUCUGUAUUAGUGUUGGUAAUGUCUAUGUUCCGGAGGCAAUGAACCCCAUAGCCUAAACAGAGAAUUUGUCUGCGCGGGAGGGUUCGUGGUAUUAUUGAUGUAUCAAAAAACACUUCCAAUGCUGCCUUCUUUACACUGCCAGUUUUGAAAUAGGUUUUGGGUUUUGUUUAGUUUUAUUUUACAGCAACUUACGCCUAAUUCUUCAGUAUUGCAAAUAACUUUUUAAUGCACAGUUUGAUUUUUUUUUUUUUUUUU